UAUUAAAUAUAGUUGCAGGUCUGCAAUCAUACCCUGUAUCAAGUUACAGAGAAAUAGACUAUUACAUAGAGGAAUGCAAUAAAAACAGAACAGUUGCAGCAACAAAAUGAAUGAGAAUAACAGUGAACGGGCAUCGCAGACAGGCGCGACAGGUAUACGUUUCAAAGAGAAGAAACAUAUCAACCAAUCGCUGAUGUCGUUAGGAGUUGUUAUUAAAAAUUUGUGUGCGUUGGCAACUGGGAGGUCAGAUCAAGGACCGACUCCCUACAGAGACUCUAAACUAACAAUGCUCUUGAAAGAUGCUGUUGGCGGUAACAGCAAAACAGUCAUGAUAGCUACAAUUAGUCUGGCUGAUCAAGACUACGAACAGACUUUAUCUACCCUCCGAUACGUCAACAGGGUGAAAUCCAUCAGAAAUAAAGUUAUUGCCAAUGUCUCCAAAACAGACGUGUUCAUUAAAGAGCUGUGGAAAAGAAAGAAGCCUUGCUAGCUAAGCUAAAUGAAAGGAGAAAAUCAAGCAUUGGACAUUCAGGGGAAGGCCAGUAUAAUGUGACUAAAAGGCGCCACACAAAAUGUUGUCAUACUAUUUAUGUUUGAGAGAUAAUAGCGAUAUAUACCAAAAUUAUUCCCCGGUCUAAGACAAAAAAAAAUGGUUAAUACAAUAUCUUACGAUCAGUGAUAUUUGUUUAGUAAAAACUGUCUAUAGAAAUUCUUUCGCUUACACAAGCAUACAAAAAAGAGAAAUACACUUAAAACGUGAGGUAAUCAUAUAAAAGCACUACAUGUAUACAGAACAGAAACCAAACCCAUGCUAGGACUUUCACAUAUACGCCAAAUUUUGACCCGAAUCUCUGGGC